AUGGGUCGUGAUGCCUUCUGGCACCUGCAUGACCUUAUUGCUGCUGAUGCAGCUUUCCAAUCCACAGCGAAUCGUCCUCAACGCCCUGUCCACUAUCAGCUGGCCACAUUCCUAUGCAGAGUUGGGGCUGAAACGGCGUUGAAGACAGCUAGUGUAAUGGCAGUUGCUGAGGGAUCUGUAUACAACUAUGUACAGCAUGUCAUUGGUGCAAUACAUCAUUUAUGGUCCAAUUACCUUGCAUGGCCUGGAGAAGCUCGAAGACACUUCAUUUCCGAGAAGUUUGCUGAGCAAGGAUUUCCAGGCUGUCUCGGGACAACAGAUGGUUCAGACUCAUGA